CUCACUUUUGACUUCAACAAAACAGAACUGCAGCACUUCACACAUGGAACCAACCAUCCCAACCCCACAUGCUCUAUUCGCUCCACUCAAGGCUCACACACAGUCACACCUCCCCCUCCUGGCAGUGCAACGCGCUGGCUAGGCAUCUGGUUUGACCGGAGGUUGAGCUUUAGCAAACACUGCAGGACCCUAGCUGCAAAGGCCAGACAGACAGCUGCUGAGGCUACAAUCACCUGUGUCAUCUCAGUCCUUUGCUAUGGGGCUGAGGCCUGGUGGCCGGGCUGAAACAGACCCAGGCCCAGGAACCAGGGCUCCGUGUCAAAUCGAGUCAAUUCCUCCCUCUCUCACCUUGACCGGGUACUCAGAGAUGCUCUCCAAGGUACUCUCCCAGUAUACUGGACCACCCCCACUCCAGCUCUCCAUCGAGAAACUGCCAUCCCCCUGAUGGAGAUCAUCCUAGACCAGAAGCGCACUGCAGCCAGAUUGCGUGCCUUCAGUUUAGACAAUCGCCACCCAGUUUGCAGGCGCAUUUUCUGAGCACGAUCUUUUCCAGCAAACACACGCCUAACCCACAAUCACCUGCCAUGGCUGGAGGGG